GAACUUUCCCUUUACCUGACAUCCUCUGCCCAUACGCAACAACCACACCCCCCCUUUGUUACAUGCCCUCCUCCUCUUCCUUCGCUGCCAUCGCCGUCUACCCACCCCUCCUCCAGUCUCCAUCUGCGUCUCUUUCGUGACGAGACGCGUCGUCGCUACGACUGAUCCUCCCGCCCAACCCGCCCUUCGCUCCUUUAGUAUCCGUGCUGAAGUCCACUCUUGCUGGGAAGGGCCCAAGUGCCCGGACAUACUCGUUCUCACAUCACGACGACGACGACAACAUCGAAGACGACAAUCGACCGUCAACCGUCCUGACGUCGACGGCAGCAAUCGUUUGAUCCGUCCCCACGGCCAGAAGCGGUCAUCCAGCGCCGCCUCCACGUGCCGACCACCGUCAUCCACAACAUGGCCGACUACGGCUCUCGCCAGGGUGCUAACUUUGCCGGCCAGUACGGCAACGCCCAGCCGCGACAGCGAGAUGCCGCCUUUGCUGAGGUCUUCGGUGGACCUCGCCCCGUGGGUGCAGGUGCUCCGCGGUCCGCUACAAUGACCUCGCAGUCAUAUCAGCCCAUGACCGCCGACCGCGCUCAGACAAUGUCUGGCCAACGUCCUCCUCCUGUUCGCAACUAUGCUCCAGGUCCCUCGCGUCCGCCUCCGCCGCAAGGAUAUGCCGCGGGCCCGCAGCAGCGUUCGCCGCCGUCAAUGCCGCCUCGCCAACCGCUGCCGGCACCCCCAUCGCUCAACACAUCAUUCCCCCCUCAGCAGCCGCAACAGCGUUUCUACCCUCCCCGUGGUGACUCCUCCAGCGCAGGCUCGCGAGGCGGCCCCCCGUACUACCAGCCUCCGCGUCCUCAACCGCCAGCGCUGAAUUCUGACUCGUUCCGCAGCCAGUCGCUCGCCUCGCAGCCGCGGCCCCAGUUCCACCAUGGCCCCGGCGGCUCCUACAACAUCGCAGCACCCAGCAUCUCACCCGCACACACAUUCCGCCAGCAGCCAUACAUGCAAGCAGGUGCACGAACUACGGCUCAGGGCAGGGUCGUGCCUGAACGACCGGACGAACGCACCAUGUCAAUGACUUCGUACGCGCGCGACCACGAUCACACUCACCAGACCAUGAGCGGACGUGUCAUCCCCAGCCGCCAGCGCAUGUCCAAUGAAUCAAACGUCACCGUGACCUUGGAUUCGCCCGCAAGCCCGCAGUCGGCCGUCAGCUCGUCGACAUCUACUGUGGUGAGCAAGCAGCGCAGCGCCAGCCAGAGCAGCACCGCCCAGUCCAGGACAAUGUCAAUGGCCUCGACUAUCGUGCCACCAAACGAACGCAACGAUUCAAUGGUCAAGAAUGGCGUUCAGAAGACGGAGUCUCAGCGAAUCGCCGUAGCCUCUCGCAGGGCACCCCUCGUCUACCCGGCGCUGCUGUCACGCGUGGCCGAGUGCUUCCGCUCACGUAUCAACUUGGACGAGCUGACCAAAGACGGCUUGAACUACAAGAACUCCUUCACAGGCGAGGACGCCGUCACGCUGAUUGCGUACAUCAUCAAGACCACGGACCGUAAUCUUGCCUUGCUCCUGGGCCGCUCGCUCGACGCGCAAAAGUUCUUUCACGAUGUCACGUACCAGCACCGCCUUCGCGACACGCGCCACGAGGUGUACCAGUUCCGCGAGACCAUGACGGACUCGGCUUCGGAGCUCUCGGCGAGCACUGAGGUCAACGGCGUGUUCACUCUGCUCACCGAAUGCUACUCGCCCACGUGCACGCGCGACCGGCUCUGCUAUUCCAUUGCAUGCCCGCGCCGACUUGAGCAACAGGCCCGCCUGAACAUGAAGGCCCGACCUGUGCUACAGCAGCAGGAAGACGCAACACUGCAUGACGACCAACUCGACGACACGGAGCGCAAGCUGUGGAUUCAGACCGUGCCCAAGGAUAUUGCCGACUCACUCGACGACCGGGAGAAGAAACGCCAGGAGGUUCUCUCUGAGGUCUGCUACACCGAGCGUGAUUUCGUCAAGGAUCUCGAGUAUCUGCGCGACUUCUGGAUGAAGCCACUGCGCAACCCGAUGACCUCACCGAUUCCGGAGAGCCGUCGCGAACGUUUCGUGCGCACUGUCUUCGCCAACGCGCCCGAGGUGUACCAAGUUAAUUCGCGGCUCGCCGAGGCGCUGACGCGCCGUCAGCAGGAGCGCCACGUGUGCCGCAACAUCGGCGACAUCUUCCUUGAACACGUGCCGCGCUUCCAACCGUUCAUUACGUACGGCGCGUCUCAGAUGUAUGCCAAGUUCGAGUUCGAGAACGAGAAGCGCACCAACCCCUUGUUCGCCCGCUUCGUUGAGGAGACAGAGCGUCUGAAAGAGUCACGCAAGCUAGAGCUGAACGGUUACCUGACCAAGCCGACCACGAGGCUGGCCCGCUAUCCAUUGCUGCUGGAGAAUGUGCUCAAGUAUACGGCCGACGACAACCCGGACAAGACCGACCUGCCCAAGGCCAUCGCCAUGAUAAAGAACUUCCUCAAGGAGGUAAACGAGGCCAGCGGCAAGGCCGAGAACCGCUUCAACCUGAUGCAGCUCAGCCGCGAGCUGCAGUUCCGACCGGGCGAGUAUGUCGAUCUCAAACUGACAGACGAGUCGAGGCAGCUUCUCUUCAAAUCCACGCUGAAGAAGGCGCCCAAUGACCAGGUCGCCGACAUCCAGGCGUAUCUGUUCGACCAUGCUGUGUUGCUUGUGCGUUCUAAAAUGGUCAACAAGCGCGAGCAGCUCAAGGUGUACCGUCGGCCCAUCCCCCUCGAGCUGCUUGUCAUCGCCGAGAUGCACGAGAUCAUACCCAAACCAGGUCUUGUCAAGCGCCCGUCUUCUGGCUUGAUGGCGACGAGAACCCAGACCAUGACGAGCGUCACGUCAAAGGACCCCAAGCAGAAUGGGUACCCUGUCACAUUCCGCCACCUGGGCAAGGGCGGAUACGAGCUUACACUGUACUGUUCUUCUGCGAUUCAGCAGCAGAAGUGGAUGGAGAGCGUCGACAAACAGCAGACGGAGCUGCGCCAGCGCAGCAACGUCUUCAUCAAGGACAACUUGAGUGAGGGCUUCUUCAAUGCAGCCACGCGCGUCAACUGCUGUGUGCCCAUCGAUGGCGGUCGGAAGCUUGUUGUCGGCACCGACAAUGGCGUGUACGUGUGCGACCGUAAGCCCAAGGACGCAUCCAUCAAGCCGCGCCGCGCCCUCGAAGUCAAGGGUGUGACCCAGAUUGACGUUCUUGAGCAGCACUCCAUCCUGCUCGUGCUCGCCGACAAGACCCUGUACUCUUAUCCGCUCGAAGCCCUCUCGCCAGAUGCGGGUCAGCCUGGCAUCAGCAAACGCGGUCGCAAGAUCACGCACGCAAACUUCUUCAAGUCCGGCAUUUGCCAAGGCCAGCAGCUGGUGUGCUGCGUCAAGACCUCGGCCUUGUCCAGCACGAUCCGCGUGUACGAGCCGAUGGACAGCAUGACCAAGAAGAGCAAAAAGUCCGGCCUGGCCAAAAUGUUGGCUGGCAACGAGGACGUGCUCAAGCCGUUCAAAGAGUUUUACAUUCCCACUGAAUCGUCAUCUAUACACUUCCUGCGCUCGAAACUCUGCGUCGGCUGUGCACGUGGUUUCGAGAUCGUAUCGCUUGAGACGCUCGAGGCUCAGUCGCUACUCGACCAAGCUGACACUUCACUUGACUUUGUACAGCGCAAGGGCGAAGGAUCUGUUAAGCCUGUUUUCAUCGAACGCAUCCAGACUGAGUUCUUGCUAUGUUACUCUGACUAUUCGUUCUUUGUUAACCGCAACGGCUGGCGAGCUAGGCCGGAUUGGAUGAUCACGUGGGAGGGCAAUCCAAACGCCUUCGCCAUCUUCACUCCUUACAUCCUCGCGUUCGAGCCCAGCUUCAUCGAGAUCCGACAUAUGGACACAGGCGGGCUGGUGCAUAUCAUCACGGGAAAAAAUAUUCGCAUGUUGCACUCCAGUACCAGAGAGAUAUUGUAUGCGCACGAGGAUGAAAUGGGAGAGGAUGUCGUUGCCAGUCUAGACUUUUGGUCAAAGCCGGAUGGCCAGCCUGGUACCCAGCGCCCCGCAAACGGUGGCCCAUCCUCUCCGCCCCAGCUCCCAGCAAUGGACAUGAACGGACGCUAAGCCCUCGUGUCUCAAGGCUCAAAUUGCUCACUCCCGCUCGUUCCCGUUCGCCACGGAGAAAAAGAAUCCCUGUUCUUUGAACACGCUGCAUCGAUAUAGAGAUCUUACAUUUUACUAAUCAUUUUUCUUUGCCUUCUCUUUAGGUCCCAACCUCCACCAACGAUGGCAGAAGUGUCACGCCGAGCGCGACGCCGACGACUCACCGCACACGUGGCAGGUUCAUUGGGGACAGGGUACGCACGUGUUCACUAUCGAUACUGCGUCAGAGGCAACGAAGGUUAGAAACGCGUCUCUCUGGGACAUGAUUGAGCAAGGUGCCGAAGAGAAUGCAACGUCAUUUCCGAACUUGCACCUUCACCGUCGUGACGAUGACGGUCAUGGUUUGGAUUUGAUAUCUCUAGACAACGGUACCAUGAAUAAUAUGGCAAUUUCCGCGCAAUCACCGCCUGUGGACGGCAUUCUUAGCCUGCUGGACGCUAAGACUACACAUAUUUAUCACAACAUGGCUACUACCUUCACACCCGCAAAUAUCACCAACAAGCGUUCACUGAGCAUCAUGGACCGCGGAAGACCCGUGCGCAAGAGCAGCGGUGCUUGCUGGCCGGGUGUGGGACGCGAAUUGGGCAACCAGCCUGCAAAAGGAUGGCGCAGAGAGAACAGGGCUGUGGCUGGCGUUAGCAUAACACACAGCCAAUAAUCGAUGCAUUGGCAGCGUCUUUAGUUCUUUGUUUUUCCCUUUACUAAUAUAUGUUUCUCUAUAUCCUUUUCCUAAGGGAGAAAGGAGCCGGUGAGAGGCAGACGAAGAAUGAGUUUUGAUUCUUUUCUUUCUUGUCUUGUUUAGGCAGCAAAAUGGGGCGAGAAAAGUUCAUGAGCGUUGCGUUUGAUUGCAAGUGAUGAUGAUGGAUAAGGGAUUGAUGUGCACACGCACGCAAGCACGGGAUGGAGAGCGUUAAAGAGAGAAGGUGUUUUGACUGUUACCUUUUUUGAUGGAUGGAUGGAUCCAUGGCUUGUACGAUUGUAGGGUGAGGGCUGGGGAAUACUCAUGCACGCAUAAUCACAUACAAACCAACGGGCGUGGCCUUCCAAACUAUCUUCCCGAAAGAGAGACGGUUAGCCCUGUUGAAGUAUGGUUUAAAAUGUCUGUUGUGGAUUUGUUUAGGUGUGGAAGCAGGCGGCAGCUUAAUUUUGCACAUCCGUUCACAUACUCGGCUCUACUUUCUUUUUCACGUAGAUGUACACCGUCACUUUGGCCCGAUCGGCGGU